CAUGCGCACCGUCAGUCAAUGGCGGCUUUGAAAGAGACUGGCGGAAGCUCGCUUUCCAACAUGGCGUCGGAGGCAGACGGACCGCUCAAACGGCUACUGGUGCCGAUUCUUUUACCUGAGAAAUGCUACGACCGUCUUAUCCUUCAGUGGGAUUUGCUUCAUGUCCCCUGCCUCAAGAUUGUCCUCAGCAAGGGCCUGGGGCUGGGCAUCGUGGCAGGCUCACUUCUAGUGAAGCUCCCCCAGGUGUUGAAACUCCUGGGGGCCAAGAGUGCCGAAGGCCUGAGUCUGCAGUCCGUGGUGCUGGACCUCGUGGCACUGACGGGCACCGUGGUCUACAGCAUCACCAACAGCUUCCCAUUCAGCUCUUGGGGUGAAGCCCUGUUCCUGAUGCUCCAGACGCUCACCAUCUGUUUCCUGGUCCUGCACUACAGAGGACACACUGCGAAAGGCGCGGCUUUCCUCGCCUGCUACGCCCUCAUCCUGCUGGUGCUGCUCUCGCCGCUGACGCCCACGGCUGUGGUCACCCUGCUGCAGGCCUCCAACGUGCCCGCUGUGGUGGUGGGGAAGCUACUCCAGGCAGCCACCAACUACCACAAUGGGCACACAGGCCAGCUCUCUGCUGUCACAGUCUUCCUGCUCUUCGGGGGCUCCCUGACCCGGAUCUUCACUUCCAUUCAGGUGCCUUUUACAACCAGGAAACUGGAGACUACCUCAUGGCUGGCGUCUUUGUGGUCUCCUCUCUCUGCAAUGGCCUCAUCGCUGCCCAGGUCCUCUUCUACUGGAAUGCACAGGCUCCCCAGGAGCAGAAAAAGGAGCGAUAGGGCCGAAACAGCCACCGGAGUCCUUGCGUGUUUCCAUUCAUCCACCCGGCCUCUGGGCGCUCCCGCCCAAGCCAGGCUGCUGGUGGGAGGCGCAAUUCUCAUCUCUCCAUUGCUUGGGCCAGGGUUUUUGUGGACGUGGAAGUUGGGGACCCAGAUCCUUAGUAAGGAUGGGGUCAUCUUCCAGGUUGAUCUUUGGACAUUAAAAUCAGUGAUUUCCAGUUCUCCCUCCUCUGGGCCAGUCCCCUGCCCCCCCCUCCCCACUUCCCUGCUGGCUCCAGAGGACGAGCUGAGGGGAGGGACUUGGGGCUGCCUCUCUGCCCUGGACCCCAGUGCUGCGUGUGGGGGAAGGGGACAGAAUGACUCAGGCAGGGUGGGGUGCGGUGGCUCCUGCUCCGGCAGGUCCAGAGGAAGGGAGUGGAGCUGGUGCAGGCUCCUGCUGGAGUGAGGAGAGUACAGACGGGACAAUAAAGACAGAGGUGGCUCGGUUGUACAAAAUGAGUUUUAUCCUGUGUGUUGUGAGC